AUGUCUCCUCCAGAGCAGCCGGCAUUCCUCGUUAGCCACCAAGGCACUACUACCGACAAGCCGGCCAACAUCAAGUCAGAUGAAGCCGUGAUCAUGGCACAGAACCCCUCCGAGGGGAGGCCGCCCGCCAUCGAUAUCAACGGCGGCAGCUCCGCAAAGCGUUCAGCUCAAAUCUCCAAGGACACAGAGGAUUUGAUCGACUUGGACAGCGACUCAGACCUGCCACCUGCUCCUGUCAAAGGCAAGGCGGCCGUAAGACCCGAACCCGUGCCUAGCACUCCUCCAACCAUCCCCGCCGACAAGAAGAGAUCCUCCACCGACGCCUCAAGUCAGUUUCUUGCUCCCGAGUCUCAAUACGUCGAUCCGACGCCACCUACACCCGUCACCUCUCAGCCCCCGUCCCGAAGCCCAUCCAGCGGUGCCCGUUCGCAACGCUCCAGCACACAAUCACCCACCAGAUCAGAUCCUGAGUUCGACGAGAGGAGAUAUGCCAGCGAGGAUGAACAAGAAAAUGGAUCCAAGCUGGAGAUCAAGACCAUCAUGGACCAGUUCAGCUCUGUUGACGGUGGUCCUGGUGCCGGCGAGGUCAUGAGCCCGAGACUGGAGAUUGCUUCGCCCAUGCUUGGGAGUCCGGUAUCGCAGCACCCCCCGCGUAAAUCCAGCCUUGAGCCUCUUGCGCCUACGAUUGCAGGGCAGAUGGAGCAUGAUUUAAAGAAAUUGAAACUAGCGACCACAUCUCCGAGUCUGGAAGCCGAAAAAGGCCAAAGGGAUUCCGAUGAUGCAGGGCCGCCAGUCCCCCCCAAAGAUGGUUCCUCCGGGACGUCCAAAUCAAAAGACGAGAUGAGCUCGAGUAUAACCUCGCCAAUAUCACCUACAGUCACCGGCCACCGGCCACCUCCUCCUGAACCGGAGCCAGAGCCAGCCCUUCCCUUUGAUUUCCACAGGUUCCUCGAGCAGCUCCGUAACAAGAAGGCCGACCCUGUUGCGCGAUAUCUCAAGUCGUUUCUAUCUGAAUUCAGCAAGAAACAGUGGAUGGUGCAUGAGCAGGUUAAGAUCAUUAGCGACUUCUUGGCAUUCAUUGCCAACAAGAUGAUGCUGUGCGAUGUGUGGAGGGAGGUAUCUGAUGCCGAGUUCGACAAUGCUCGCGAGGGCAUGGAGAAGUUGGUUAUGAACAGGUUAUACACCCAGACCUUUUCCCCAGCCAUCUCCCCCCCGAAACCUAUCCCGGGUGCCAAACCAAAAAGGAGAGGCGGCGACCCUCCCCUUGGCCCCGGCCGUCGUGGGCAGCAUCAGGAGGACGUGGAGCGCGAUGAUAUCCUAGCUCAGAAGAUCAACAUAUAUGGGUGGGUAAGGGAACAGCAUCUCGAUAUACCCCAAGUUGGAGAGAGUGGGAAACGGUUCUUAAAGCUCGCACAACAAGGCAGGUCUCUUCUGGUUUUUCCGAAUUCUUACCACAAUUCACAUGCUGACCAACCCAGAACUGUUGAAAAUCAAAUCAUACCGAGCACCACGAGACAAGAUAAUAUGCGUCUUAAACUGCUGCAAAGUCUCUUAAAGCACAAUAAGUCUGAUUCAUCGGCUGAUUCAUUCAUGCCGAUGCUCAUCUAUGUUGUUCUACAGUCGAACCCCGACCACCUGGUCUCGAAUGUGCAGUACAUACUACGAUUCCGGAACCAAGAAAAGCUUGGGGGGGAAGCGGGCUACUACUUGUCGUCCCUAAUGGGCGCUGUUCAAUUCAUUGAAAACAUGGAUCGCACAACACUCACCAUCACGGACGCUGAAUUUGAGGCGAAUGUAGAGGCUGCCGUAUCGGCAAUAGCGGAAAAACACCAAGCUGCUAAUUCUCCCCGCAUACCUGACCGUAACCAACAGGUCUUCAACGAGAAAUCGCCCCUCAGUCCAACGGAACCCGUACCAAGGCGCUCUCGCGAUGAUCAAACCAGAAAGUCAUACGAAGGCACCAACAGCAAUGACACAAUGGCCAUGGGCGGCCUCUUAAAGACCAUCCAGAACCCACUCUCCACCAUCGGCCGAAUCUUCUCUGACGACGGCGGGCAAUCAUCUGCUCCAAGUCCACCCGUCCCUCCUACGACUCCUCGACCACCACACCCAGGGUCAACUGCACAGCGGCCUUCGUCCCGACAUGCCCUGUCAGCAGAAGAAGCCGCUGCCAGGCAAGCAAGUGCCGAAGCAGCCGAGGCACAGAGACUUCAUCGCGCUGAGCACGCCAACGUAGUCGAGACUCUCUCCGGCAUGUUCCCAGAUCUAGACAAAGAAAUCAUUAGCGAUGUGGUGCACCAGAAGCAGGGCAGGGUCGGGUUAGCUGUCGAUGCUUGUCUUGCAUUAUCAACAUGA